AUGAGGAUGAUGACGGUGGGGGGGGGGAGGGAGGGUUAUGAUGAUGAUGGUGAGGAUGGUUAUAGCGAGAGUGGUGAGGAUGAUUAUAGCGAGAGUGGUGAGGAUGAUUAUAGCGAGAGUGGUGAGGGAGAUGAUAGUGUGGAUGAAGAUGAGGCGUUUUGCUUUCUUUGCAGGGAUAUGAAUGAUAAUUGGGGUGAUGAUAGUGAGAGUAAUGAUAAUGAUGAGGCUGAUAAUGAGGAUGCGGGCAACGAUAAUGAGGAUGGUGAUGGUGAAGAGGGCAAACUGCGAAACCUAUGCUUCGCCGAUUCUGAAAUAUGCAACAACGGCCUGGAAUUCGCAUCUUGUGACCCACACAACGAAAAUGUAAAAAGUGCAGAUGUUAGCAUAAGAACAGUAACAGAACUAAGAGGGAAGAUUUACAAGGAUAAGUCAACUGAACUAAAUCUCACAAUCCUAGAGAAGACAAGAACCAGAGGCGACAUGAUCACAUCACAGGAAAAGUUGACCAAGGACAACUUCCUUAAAUUGAGAAAAAAGGCCGGAGCCCCGCCUCACACCGCUGCGCCAAUGAAUAUAGACUCGAGGCAGGCACAUCAGAAGCCAGUCAGCCAAGUGACACCAGAGGCGCGAUCAAAAGGAGCAGGAUUGAAAGAGUUCUCACUUCAGUGUCGACAUAAUGGAAGAGGACGACCAGACAGACAAGAGAGAGACUCCAGAGUGCGGAUUCAACCUUUGGUUAUUAACAUGCUGAGAGUUAAUGAGGUGCUCAAUAACCAGCCAAUUGUUAAUGACGUGCCCAUUAACCAGCCAAUUGUUAAUGACGUGCCCAUUAACCAGCCAAUUGUUAAUGACGUGCCCAUUAACCAGCCAAUUGUUAAUGAUGUGCCCAUUAACCAGCCAAUUGUUAAUGACGUGCCCAUUAACCAGCCAAUAGUUAAUGACGUGCCCAUUAACCAGCCAAUUUCCCGCUCCUGUGCCAGGGCUCUCCCUUCUGCGUCUCGUUCAGACUGGCGACGUUCAGCAGCGCACAAGGAGCCGCUGGAUCUUCGUGCUCUGAGCCAGACCAGCGUGACUCAGGUCAUCUGCAGCGUCCUCUCCCUCAGCACCGAGUGCAAGGACUUCCGUACUGCGUGUUGCUGGCUGCACACCUCUCUCCCGGUGGACCUGCGGACGUCGGUUAUGAAGGAAGUCGCUUCUUUACAAGACCUUCAGGACACAGAGCGCGUCCUGAAGCUUAUCCUGUUCCACCUUCUUGCAGAUGUUGCCCAUAUCUGCCUCGUAGUUAGAGCCAAUACAGGAAGGAAUAUGAACUUGAUACAUAAGUACACCGAGUAUUUACUACAGGAGCUGGAAAGCAUUCCCAGGUUGAGCCUACAGAGUCUACACCUGGAUGGAGUGUGGAUGGAUAGGAACAUCAUCUCGCAAAUUCUUCGACGAUCUCCCAAUAUCCGUUCUAUACAGGUCUCUGGAAAUCUUUGUAGGGGUGUUCUAAAUUUCCUACGGGAAGAGCAUUGUAAACUUCGCUCACUGCACCUAAUCUCCUGCACUGUGAAUGACGAAGAAGUAGUUUCUGCUCUAGUAGGAACUGGCACUGAUUUUUGCACUCUAGGAAACAUCGUAUGUUCCGGAGGCGACGUCACGCAGACCGUUAGUGUGGCACUCGAGUCUUUGAGACAUUUGACUGUCCAGUCGCCCCUGGUGUCUGUGUGCGGGGCCAUGGUGUUGCUUCACUCACUGCGAGAGCUACGCUUCAUCCAGUACAGAGGAUGGAACUCUCCUGUCAGCGACACUCUUCUCCUACUUCAAGAGGUUUGUCCUCGGUUCGCCUCGUUCGCUCUCUCGUCCAUUGAUCUCUACAGGCCAUCGAACAAAACAGUCGAGAACCUGAUGGUUUUGUGUCCAAAAUUACAAGAACUCAUGAUCGAAUACACUGAACCUAACCUUUCCUCUCUCGACUCUCUCUCAGGAGCCCAACAGCUAGCGAGUCUCACCUUAAGAAUAGUCUCAGAGGAACUUAUUGUGUCGGCAGUGAAAGCUGUUGGCAAAAAUCUCUUGAAACUGAAAAUAGAAUUUGAGAACUUUACCUUCCAUCCAAUCUCGAUGGAAACGGUCAGUACCAUCCAAGAGAAGUGUCCUCGCCUCCAGUCUCUAGAGAUGCUGCAUGUCAAUGUAAGGCAAAAUUCAAAUGAUCUUUUGCCUUUAUCAAAGAAAGAUCUCUUCCCAGAACUCGAAACAUUAAUCCUGCAGAGUUCCCUAAUCCAGCCUGCUCUACUGGAACGGCUGAUCCGAGGCAACAAGUAUCUAGAACACCUAGUGCUCGACGUAAACCAGGACGCCCUUACAGACCAGCUACUGCAGCGUCUGUUGAGUGAUAAUGACCUGCAUCUCCUAAAAAUAAUAUUCCUGGGCGCUGGAAGCUUGUCCUCCCGGUCCAUCGCCUCUCUGGUGGCCCUACCAUCCCUGUCCAAGCUAUCCCUCGUCCUCAAACGCUUUCCUUUUAUUUCCAUGUCAACCUUUAGUACUCUCGAGGCCAACCUCGUCAAAGGGAACUAUUAUUGUGUUCUUGAAAACGUCUAUGAAGAUUGACAACGCAACUCUCACUGUAUAUAUUUCAAAUGUCUUAUGUUUAAUUGAGAAUGAAUCUCUGUAUAAGUUUGUGUAAAUGUCUUUGUAAAUUAUUUGUGCUUCUGUUCUGACGAAUAAAGAAAAUAUUUUAUUCAAACAAACACAAAUAUCCAUUUGACUGAAUUACGAUCCAUAAAAAUAUAGAUAUUAUCGAUCGUAAUUUACUCAGAUGCAGGAGAUAUAUAGUCGCAAACCCAUGUCUCUUCUGUCUGUAUUCCCUGAAAAUGUGUUGAAAUACGAAAAGUUCGGAUAGUUAGGCGAGGUUAGAUUUAAUUAAAUUUCUAUGUUAGUUGUAACUCAAAUAGAAACAAAAAUACACAUCGUCCAAGAAA